UCAGGAGAGGGGGACUAGGUUGGUGAUAUUAGUUUGAAUUUCCUUGCUUAAAAAAGGAAACCAUAAUUUAAUGUUACAAACUUGUAAGGUGUAGGGAUAAAGAAAUUAUCUGGGGAAACUUAGCCAGGUGUUUCCAGGUUGCAUGUGUAUGUUUAAGAUGUCAAAAUAUCCAGGCUCUUUUAGUGAGCAGGUUGCUUAUCUGCAUAUAGGAUUUAAGAAAUGCCUUAGAAGUGGACCAUCCUGUCAUUAAGGUGGCCUCUCUGGGUUGCUUGUUUUUCCUACAGAGAUACAGAAGUGAAUCUUUCAUCUGUGACUAAUCAAUAUUUUGUACUGCAGCUCUGUUGAAGAGAUCACACUCCAUAAUAUUUUUGUGGACAGCCUGCCACUACAGUCACUGCAACUAAGAACUGUAACGCUUUAGAAAGAAAUUCUCUUUGCAGUGGCUGGCCUACUAACAUUGUACUGUAUUGAACUGUAGACUUUAUUUCCCUCCUUGGCUCAGACUCUAGUUGGCAGCAGGGUGUAUGUACCGUUGUGGUUUCAGAGCUCAGCUCUGUUUGACGUCAGCAAAACAUUUCUUAGUUUCACCACUGACUCACUUCUUAGUAUCUAAGGAGGCAAGGUGGUAUGACUUAGUAUUUCUUUAAAGAUUUGUUUAUUUAGAAGCAUCCUUAUUUUAAGCUUUUUAGGGCUUCAACGUCUGAGUCAACAUCAUGAGAUAAAACUUGUGGGGGAUGAGGAGAAAACAGCACUCCUUACUAAUUAAUUCUGAGAGCCACAGGAGUGCUGGAAAAUCAUAUUUUCAGUAUCAAAAGCUGCUUAGCUGUUGGGGAGCUGCUGUUUGAUGGCACAGUGGUGUGACUUAACAUUGUAUUAGACAACAUUUGCAAUUUAUUUGUUACUACAUCCUUUUUUCAUCUCACUUAGCAGAAUGUUUUGUACCAUGAAAAAAGGAUUUGAUUUAAAAUGUUCAUAUUCAUGGUGAAUGGCUGUUAACAAUUUAACGAUGGUGUGAUUUUUGUUGUUAUAAAGGACUUUUGCUUAUUUUGUUUACUGUAGGAAAACUGGGAUCUCUUCAGACUACUGAAUUUGCAUAAUAGCUCAGCUGACAAACUGAUGCUUGUCAAGAUGUUAAAAGAAACCAGGGAGGGUUAUGUGAAACCACCGUUUUCCUACAAGACUAAUUAAGACCGUGGGAGGAGAGAGCAUUGGUGUUACAGAUACAGCCUCCUACUGGCUUACAUACAAAACUGAAAGUAUGACUCUUCCCUCCCCCCCUUUGCUUUCCUCAAAGGAAAGGCCACGGUUUCCUAAUGAAUACAUGGACAAACACCAUGAUGCUGCUCAUGAAAUCAUUGAGACAAUUCGGUGGGUCUGUGAAGAAAUCCCAGAUCUCAAGCUUGCUAUGGAAAAUUACGUUUUAAUUGACUAUGAUACAAAAAGCUUUGAAAGCAUGCAGAGGCUUUGUGACAAAUACAACCGAGCCAUUGAUAGCAUUCAUCAGUUGUGGAAAGGAACUACCCAGCCCAUGAAACUGAACACUCGUCCCUCCAAUGGGCUCCUCCGUCACAUCUUGCAGCAAGUAUAUAACCACUCGGUGACUGACCCAGAGAAACUCAACAACUAUGAGCCCUUUUCCCCAGAGGUGUAUGGAGAGACUUCAUUUGAUUUAGUGGCCCAAAUGAUUGAUGAGAUUAAAAUGACUGAGGAUGACUUGUUUGUUGACUUGGGCAGUGGUGUGGGUCAGGUGGUGCUUCAAGUUGCUGCUGCCACAAACUGCAAACAUCACUAUGGUGUGGAGAAAGCUGAUAUUCCAGCCAAAUAUGCUGAGACGAUGGACAGAGAGUUCAGAAAGUGGAUGAAAUGGUAUGGGAAAAAACAUGCAGAAUACACACUGGAGAGAGGUGAUUUCCUCUCAGAAGAAUGGAAAGAGAGAAUUGCAAACACAAGUGUUAUUUUUGUGAAUAAUUUUGCCUUUGGUCCUGAGGUGGAUCACCAACUGAAGGAGCGAUUUGCAAACAUGAAGGAAGGUGGCAGAAUCGUGUCCUCAAAGCCUUUUGCACCUCUAAACUUUAGAAUAAACAGUCGAAACUUGAGUGAUAUUGGCACUAUAAUGAGAGUUGUGGAGUUAUCACCACUGAAAGGGUCGGUUUCAUGGACUGGGAAACCAGUUUCUUACUACCUGCAUACUAUUGAUCGUACCAUACUUGAAAACUAUUUUUCUAGUCUCAAAAAUCCAAAACUCAGGGAGGAACAAGAGGCAGCUAGACGUCGCCAGCAAAGAGAAAACAAGAGCAACACAACUACUCCAACGAAGGUGCAAGAUAACAAGGAUUCUGGUGCUGAAGAAGAAAAAGUUGGGACAAAUGCCAUUAAAAAGACAUCUCCUUCCAAAGCACGCAAGAAAAAGCUGAGUAAGAAAGGAAGGAAAAUGGCAGGGCGGAAGCGAGGACGUCCCAAGAAAAUGAACACCGCAAAUACAGAGCGCAAGACCAAGAAGAACCAAACUGCACUGGAGCUUCUGCAUGCUCAAACUGUGUCACAGACAUCCUCAUCCUCUCCUCAGGAUGCAUACAAGUCACCUCAUAGUCCAUAUUACCAACUACCUCCUAAAGUGCAACGGCAUUCGCCUAACCAACUGUUAGUGACUCCUACCCCUCCUGCACUACAGAAGCUGCUAGACUCUUUUAAGAUCCAGUACAUGCAGUUCAUGGCGUACAUGAAAACUCCCCAAUACAAAGCAAACCUGCAACAGUUACUGGAGCAGGAAAAGGAAAAGAAUGCUCAGUUACUGGGGACAGCACAACAGUUAUUCACCCACUGCCAGGCACAGAAAGAGGAAAUCAAACGGCUUUUUCAACAGAAACUUGAUGAGUUGGGAGUUAAGGCUCUGACGUAUAAUGACCUGAUUCAGGCUCAGAAGGAGAUUUCUGCUCACAACCAGCAGCUGAAGGAACAGACAAAGCAGCUGGAGAAAGAUAACAGUGAACUCAGGAAUCAGAGCUUGCAGCUGCUUAAAGCACGAUGCGAAGAACUGAAGCUGGAUUGGUCAACACUGUCCCUGGAGAGCUUACUGAAGGAAAAGCAGGCACUGAAAAAUCAGAUUUCCGAGAAACAAAAGCACUGUUUGGAAUUGCAGAUCAGCAUUGUGGAGCUUGAGAAAAGUCAAAGGCAGCAGGAGCUCAUGCAGCUGAAAUCGUAUAUGCCGCCCGAUGAAUCUCUGUCGGUACAACUACGCAAUAAAAAUCGUUUAGGCCGUGAGACUGAGGCUGAUCACGGCAGAUUCCAACUUGAGCUUGAGUGCUCUAAAUUUCCUAUGCCUCACAUCAAUGGCAUGAGCCCUGAACUGUCCAUGAAUGGCCAUGCUACUCCCUAUGAAAUCCAUAAUGCUCUUAGCAGGCCCUCUUCUAAGCAGAAUACCCCUCAAUACAUGACCUCUCACCUGGACCAAGAAAUAAUCCCUUGCACCCCAAACCACAGCAGCAGACAGAAGGUGGACAAGACAGCAAGCUUGUCCUUACCUGAUUACACCAGGUUUUCCCCAGCUAAGAUAGUCCUAAGGAGACACUUGAAUCAGGACCAUGCAGUCAAUGGAAAAGCAACAACUAAUGAGAUACAUCAGAGAGCUGACCAUGUAAAAGAGAAUGGCCUUACAUAUCCAAGCCCUGGAAUUUCAAAUGGCAUAAAGCUGAGUCCUCAGGAAACUCGGCCCUCUUCCCCAGCGGCCUUACCGAUUGCAGGAGAGAAGGUUUUGCGAGAGAGGACUUCUGCAAGUAAUGGAGAAACUAUCACCAGCCUACCUAUCAGUAUUCCUCUCAGCACGGUGCAGCCCAAUAAACUCCCUGUUAGUAUCCCUCUGGCCAGCGUAGUCCUACCUAGCCGUGUUGAGAAGGUGAGAAGCACACCUAGUCCAGUUCAUCAGAAUCGAGACUCGUUGUCAACACUUGAAAAACAGUUUGGUGCUAGUUCUCAUAAUGGUGUGAGCAAUGCUGCUGGAAACAAGCCACUGGCUUUGGCUACCUCAGGUUUUUCAUAUUCUUCUGGCUCCAUGGCAGUUAAUGGAACUCUUUCAAAUAGCCCAGCCCACCUUAACCAUGGUGUUGAUCAGGCAGCUGUGGACGACUCGGGGAGCCUGUUUAGCUCUGUGGGGUCUCGGAGCUCCACUCCACAACACCCUUCUUUGCUAAUGCUGCAGUCACGGAACUCCGGGCAGAACUCCCCAGCUCACCAGCACUCAGCAAGCCCCAAGUUAAAUGGUGCCCCCCAGAGUAUGGUAGGGGCACUGCAGUACGGGGAUGCACAGAAGAUGUUUGCCGAAGGAACAAAGGGAGAUUUUCAGCCUGAUGCCGCUUUUUCAGAUCCGGAGAAUGAGGCCAAGAGAAGAAUCAUCUUCACGAUUUCUCCUAGUACAGGAAGCGUGAAACAGUCUCCUUCUAACAAGCACAGCCCCCUGGCUGCAAGCAUUCGGAUGGACUGUGGCCAAGCACACAUGCAGGAUGGGAAGAAACGUGGUCGAAGGAAGAGAUCCUCCAAUGGGAAUCUGAAUCUGAAUUCUGGGGUGUCCCCUAAACGCAAAUCCUUACCAACCGUGGCUGGGCUCUUUACACAGCCCUCGGGGUCACCACUCAAUAUUAACUCCAUGGUCAAUAACAUUAAUCAGCCUUUAGAAAUAACAGCCAUUUCCUCCCCUGAAAACUCCCUGAAGAACUCUCCUGUUCCCUACCAGGACAAUGACCAGCCUCCAGUGUUGAAAAAAGAGAAGCCCCUGAGUCAGACCAACGGCGUUCAUUACUCGCCCAAGACUUCAAGAAGCACUGUGGAGUAACCUUUUUCUUUUCUUGCUAGAAUUGAGAGGAAAAUUGCUACAAUAUCAUUGGAGAGCAAAUCUCCACCGAAGACUAUUGAAAAUGGUGGCAGUUUAGCUGGGAGGAGACAAGCACAAACCAGUGAGAACAUCAAUAGCAGUAAAUGGAAGUCUACCUUUUCGCCAAUUUCGGACAUCAACCUGACCAAAACGACAGAUAGCCCAUUGCAGGCUGUUCCAUCUCUGAGCCAGAAUUCUCUGUUUGCCUUUAGGCCAUCCUCUGAAGAUGGCAUGGCCAUUGAUGCCAAAAUUGCAGCACAUACAAGGAAAAACAUCACUAUGUCCUCCUCUGGGACGGAUGGACUCAGCUCCAAUACAAACUCCACUAAUGGAGCCAUGUACAAUGGUGGGCUGACCGCAGACCUUGGUUUACACAGCUUUACUGAUGGUGCUUCUCUUCCUCAUAAGAAUUCAGAUGUGUCAGCCCUCAACGCCUCGCUGGGUUUUCAGUCCCAGCGGAGCAAAGAUGUGGGGAUUCUGGAGACAAAUCCCUUUUUGAACAAGAGGCAGCUUGAAGGCCUAGUCAGCAUGAAAGGAGAAGACUUAAACCGGCCAGGGGUCAAAAGUAAAGAGCUCAGUGAACUAACCAUUCGUCCAGGAGCUUCUGACAAAAGUUCCUUGCAGCACAAUGGCAAGGCCAGCAAAGGACGGGACCGAGAUGUGGAGUUUAAAAAUGGCCACAACCUUUUCAUUUCUGCUGCUACUGUAUCUUCUGGUGGCCUUCUCAAUGGCAAAAGCCUUUCCACUGGUGUCUCGCCUGCAGGCAACCCAGCGCCUGCUGUUCAGACGCACCAUCCUUUCUUAAACACCUUGACCACUGGAUCGCAGUUCCCCCUGGGCCCCAUGGCUUUGCAGGCAAACCUCAACUCGGUCACCAACUCCUCAGUAUUGCAGUCCUUAUUUAAUUCAAUGCCAGCUGCUGCCAGUCUGGUCCAUGUCUCAUCAGCUACAACCAGACUGACUAACUCUCAUGCUAUGGGGAACUUCUCUCCCGGGGUUACAGGUGGAACAGUUGGAGGUAUUUUUAACCAUGCGGUGCCUUCUGCCUCCUCUUCUCAUCAGUUUGGAGCCAGUUUCAGCAGCAGUGCUGUUUCUAGCAGCACAAUGCUAAGCUUAAACCCUCUGCAGGCUGUUGUCAGCACCUCCUCCUUCCAGUCCCCCUCCUCUAGCUUAGUGACAUCCAGUGAGAACAGAGCCGUGCAACACCUAAACAGAGCGCCGAUGCAGUCUGUUUUUCAUACCCCUCCUCCACCCCCUCCUAAUGUUUCAUUGCCGCCUCCUCCUCCAUUACUUGCUUCUAACUCUGAGCCUGUGCUUCUGCAAAACUUGGCAUCCAUCCCAGCUAACGAUGCUUUUUUACCAUCCUCUUCUGCUGCUUCUGUCCAAUCUGCUAAUGCUUCCUUGUCUAUUAAGCUAGCUUCUCUUCAGCACAAAACUUCCCGUCCCUCCUUUACUGUCCAUCACCCUCCUCUGCCCCGUUUGGCGUUGGCACAGACCGCGCCCGUGAUCCCGCAGUCCAACGCAACUGGCACGUCUGCUAUGUGGGUUACACUUGGCAUGCAGUCUCCUUAUGCUUCGCACCUUUCUGGGGUUAAGCCACGAUAAAGAGCUUGCUUAGCUAACAGUUCUUAUUUUGUAAGGUAACUAGGAUUUCUACCUCAACCCAAUGUGACCUAUGCAAGGACAACAUGGACCAACUUCACUCAGCUUCCACUGAAAGGUGCUCGCCUGGCCUGGCAGGGGUUUCUACUCUUACUACUGGACAAAGUAACAAACAAGUGACAGACCCACACAACAGAGAGAAGAAUAUUCUACUGUGAAUCGGAGUUAAAAAGUAACUGCAAAGGAAAAUGCUUAAAAAAGCUCCAAUUUGUAUUGUUAAUAGUUUAGAUAAAGUAUUUAUCUUUUUUUAAAAAUGGAAACAAUUUUGACUUACUUUAUUCCAUCUAAAGUCAUAAAAAAACCACAACUAAUUGAAAUAAUUCUCUGAAUAAUAAAGGACUGGCACACCAGCAGAGAUGUAAAGAGCCUCCUCUCGGUGCUAUUUCAUCCGUCAGAACUGUGCCUCUCUAGUUCAAAUCCUUGGUGCUGAAUAUGAGGGUUGACCAAUGCCAAACCAGUUCUCAGAAAGGUCUGCUUUUAUUUAUUCAACUCACUCUGUUCAUAUACCAAAGUCUGUUGGUUUACAGCAUAGCAGGAGUACAGAAAAUGGCAGUCUUGGUUUUGGGUGGUUGAUUCUUCUAUUUUUAACAGAGCUUAUGGCUGAGUUAUCAGGCAUUUGAUAUUGUUUGUAACUAACAAGAAUGCAAUACUCCCCUCUGGAAUGGCAGCUAGAUCACGUGAUCUGACCCACGCGAGCUCAAGUGGGUCAGACACAUUGAACAGAAGAUGUAUAAUUUGCUAGUCCUGUAGACUACUCCACUGGGCCCAUUAAAGCCUUUAGUGGCGCUCAAGUCACUGUGAAUUUCAGUAGAUAGACUGUUAACUUGUUUUGGGAUGUCAUUGGCAUAUGAACAGGGUGCAUAAUCACUGGUGUUGGUCAGGCCCUUUUAACAAUAUUGGGAAGAUUGAAAACUGAGCUUCUGUGCUGGGACAGAUAACCGAUUGUGUGUUGUUUUUGUUGAAGUACAAUGUAUUUUGUUAGUUAGGUUUUGAUACUUGAUUCUGAAAUGGCUCAGCCCUUGUACAUUUUAUUGACUUCUAAGUGCAUUCGCUUUUGUAUUUCUUUGCUUUGAAUAGGUUUAAAUGGUAGUUCACAAAAACACCACAGUCUAGCUUAACUUGCUGCCACACUAUCAAACUGGUGCAUUUUGAAUUGUAUUGUGACUUGGUUUUCUGUGUACAGAAAAGUGUCACUCUGAGCAGUGACCAUAUUUUAUAGACAUGAUGAAAAUUUAUAAAUUUCAUAAACUUUAUUCAGUUUAUUUUUUAGGUUGUGAUAUGCACCGUAAGCUUGUAAAAAGUUGUUUUUAUUUAUUUAAGUGCACAAAAUGAGGAGGAGGAUCCAUUAGUUCAAAAUCAUCAACCUGCAGCAUAGACUGGACCAAGCACAAUAAAGGAAACUACAGUAACAGAGGGGGAAUCGUUAGCAGCAGCAGGACUAGAUUCAGAGCACGCUGGUGCUCAACUGAACACCUGCUAGCCUUGGAACUUGGUAUCCUACAGUCUGUUCCAGCUAGGUUGUUAGUCUCUGACUUCCAGCAAGCAGCCAUUCGCUGUAGACGUGAGCUCUCCCUUACCAGCUACCUAGAGCCGUUCCCCCUUGUCACAAAGUGCUGGGCUUCAUGAAUCAACUGCCUAAAUGGAGCAGGCCAAAUACCUUUUCACGCUGUCCUGUGCUGUGCUGCUGGGGCUGGUUUGACAGUUAUCUGCGUUCAGUGCUGGUUCUUGUGUCCCGAGUAGCUGAUGGAAGUGUUCUCCUGCUUUCCUGAUCUCCCCAGCUCCCCCUUCUCCCCACAUGAGUGAACCAGUCCUGGAAAGGUGCAAUAUCCUGAUGAACAGUUCUCACUAUUUCAAAUGAGCUGUUUCCCUUUAGAUCACAUUGUGGACAAUGGCAUAGACGUUAACCAGCUCGAUUGUGCUGUCAGCUCCUAAGUGUGCAGGCCUCUCCCAGAGGUGACCCCUUGUAGGCAGAAACUGUUCAUGUAACUUGGCCUUAUUCUUGAUCACCAAGGGGACUGAUCCUUAUCCCUGAUCGCCAGGAAUCUUUUAAAUCGUGCACAGAAGAGGGGAGGUUCCGCAUCCAGACGGAUUCCGAGCCCCAUGGGGAGAACCUAAAGCAAGGAAAGUAAUGCCCAGUGAGUGAUAGCAGAGGAACAUCCGAUAGCUUCUAGUGGAAGCCAUAAACAGUCCUGCCCUGGAAUCCAGGAGAGCAUGUAACCCAGUUGUUGUUCAGCUGGGAACUGGGCAGCUUCAGCCUGAUCCAGAUCUUUAGGUGACUGGAAGAUGUGUAGGGCCUUCUCACCAGUCUCAGUCCCAAUGAAAGGCAAUAAAAUGCAGGCUCAGGUCCUUGGAGGAUAUAAAAAAGGGUAGUUAAUGAAACCGAAGGGCCCGUAGCUUUGCCCUUCUGUCCGCCUCCGUUAUGCUGAUGGACGCCCAGCAACAGCCCUGAGAGGGAGAAGAGCAGAAAAUGCACAGCAUCACUUGAGCGGUCUGCCUUCACCAGACGAUGAUUCCCCCCUAGCCAUGUGCAAGGCCUGGGGCAGUCCUAGCCCUACUACCUAACAGGACUGCUGUUCUGAGGGGGUUGAGACCCUCCCUGUAUUGGGAGGUUUAAACGUUCUUCUGAGGGCAGAAGGGUCCUGCAGGGAUUCCUGAGGUUCUUUGCCUUUGUUAGCUUCCUCCCCCACAGCUUGACUGUUGCAGCCCUCUGUGUCCCGCACAUUCUACUUGCGUGUGGAUUUUGUAUUCCCAACAAUCCCAGCUGAGCUGGACCUUCGGGGAAGUGACUCAGGGCAGAGUAACGGGAGAGGCAAGACGAUGGAACCUGUUGGUUCUCACCAAACAGGACAUUUUGCUCUGUGCUGCCUCCUGGGAAUUUCCACUUUUCCAUGGAGAAAUUGGGAAAUAGAUUCGUAAUAUUUUGGGGACUCUCAUGAUACACUAGGGUCAGGUAAGAGACCUGGGUCUUCCUCUUGCUCUUUGACUUACUUACUGUAAGCUUGGGCAGGUUGGUUCAAUGUUUCCUCCAUAUGUUUCUCCAUGUUCCUCAUCUGUAAAAUGGGAGGAUCCCUGCCUUUCUUAAAGUGCUUUAAGCUCUCUGGAUAAAAAGCUCCAUGUAAGUGUGAAGUGCUAUUAAAAAAUAUCUAAUCUACGUGGCUGGAAAUGUUUUAGUGCUUGUGAACACAGCAAGAAAGCUCAGUGCCCAAGUUUGAGACCUGUUCUUGGUAAUGAGAGGUGGUGCUUAAGCCAAACUAUGAAGUGUUGGAAAGGAAUUCUUUGGGGUUUACGCUUUCCUGCACUCGGCCCAGCCAUUCUCCCACAUUCCUUCUCAUCCGCAUUGCUGCUGGGCAGGGGACUCGUAAUGAAGCUAAAACACUUUGCCAGAAAAAUGGAACUUCCAGAAUGUCGUGUUGAACUAAGGCUGCUUGGGCCUUUCUGAACCAGCCAGGCGUUUGUGGCUGCAGGGUCAAAGAGUUGCCCUCUUCCCUUGUUUGGUGGCUCUACUUGUCUGGUUUGCCUUUUCCAGCCCCUGGACACCCUCUUGGAGUGUUAAAGUUGGAAAGAGUUCCCAAGGCAUGAAACCUGCAUAUGAUGUUCUGUGGAUUAGUCAUUCAGGAACAAGUUGGUUAUACAGGGCAGUGGUGGCCGAGGAAUUCAGAAAAUAGGCAGCUUUGCCUUGUGGACAUGACCUUGGAGUGGGACUGGAGGGCCUGGCUGUUACUGAAAUCUCUCAGGUCUGUUUCUACUUGUAUUUCCUCAUCACUAAACUGGGGAUCUUGGCACUUGGCUGCUUCCUGGGGAAGGUCAUGAAAUGCUAGAUACUUCAUCUCGUAGCGAUGGGUUCCCACCGGCAGCGAAUUGGAAACAAGUGGGCUUGGUUUUUAAAUGUGCUGAGUCGUUUGCCUCUCAGAAGUGGAGUUGGUUAAGGGUUUGUAUGGAGGGUCCCACAGAGUGAGAUGUGUGUGUUUAAAAAAAAAAAAAAAAAAGCUUCCCAUGUGUGAACACUGGAGAGGGAAGCCUCUUAAAGAUCCAUUGAGGGUGCCUGAUCUCCUUGAGAGAGGUGUUACAGAGCGACACUCUCCUGGUUUCCUCCCAGUUGGUUUAUAAUCAGGACCAACAGCGCAGGAGCUAACGCAGGACCUCUUGGCACUGCAUGCGAAUCGAGUUCCAACGGACGCCAUCUAUGUGGUAGCCUGUGGGGACCUCGGUCACUGAUCGGAACCCCUUGUGCUAGGCUCCUGCCCCCAAAGCACCAGCUGACUGAGCAGGCAGGUGCCAGUUGUUGCUCCUUGUACUGUGGGGAUAAAUAUCUGUUGGAACACCAGUUAUCUAGCCACCCUGUUGAUGACUGGGUUUGUGAGCCAUCACAAUAGAGAAGCCAAGAAUUUGUGUGGGCCACGUAGCCUGAAAUCCCCUCUCGAUUGGCAGAUGCGUUGCCUGGGGGAGGGGGGCAAUCUGGUCCAAAGACUGCUUUUGCUGCCACUCUGUUGUCCUUCCUGGUCUGCUUGCUUCUGAAGUGACUGUGCCUAUUGCCAGCCUGGUGGGUAAAGGAGAGCGGCCAAUCUCCGGGACAUGCACCUUGUCGCACUUUCCUACCCUGCAAGCAUAGGGACUUUCUUUUGAAAUUGGCCCAGUUUUUAAAAUCUCAGUACAAGGAGUGCCAGAGCCUGUUCAUCGAAUCGUGUUUGCUGCGCAGCAGUGAGUGACUCUGAACUCGUUAAUUUGGGCCUGGAGGUCGGCUGGACCAGCAGCUUCCGGUCUUGUUGGAGGGGUGAAAACAAGCACACGCUGUGCACCUUGCAUCCCAGGAUUCCAGAGUUCAAGCAGUUGCUUCAAACUUGCUUGUCAGAUGUGGCUGUUUCAGGCCUACAGGCUCUGCUACAUCUUGGGCCAUGCAGACCUUUAGCUGGGCGAAGCUUGCAGCUGCCCAUGUGCAUUAUCCUGGUGAAGGCUGGAUUUUCUAUGGGGUGUUACUUGGAUAUUGUCAUAUGUUUUUAAUCUCUUGGUUUUGAAAGUUUGUGUCUAAAUCUGAGAGUAAUUUUGCUUAUGGGAGAAAUGGCAUCUGAUAAAUAAUGAUCUAAUCUGAUGUGCCUCAGAAGACUGGAGGUUUUUAAACACAGAAUGGAGCUAGAAAAUGCAGGGAGGUCGGGGGAAGAAUGCAAUCCACAAUCAGUGUCCUCCCACCAGCCCCUUUCUACUGGAACUGAUAAAAUGACAAAAAUGGAGGUUAGAGGGCCAUGUGGCUGUGAAACUUUGCAACAUGGAGGCAAGUUUUAGUUCUAUCUUGAAUGUGUUGAUCCUGUCAGAUAAGCCUAGCCCUCGGUAAAGAUCCUUGUAGCGCAAACCUUUAAUCUUUCCCCCACCUUCUCUUUCUGGAGAAAUUGGCGAAGUAGCUCUAGUUAAGUAGGUAGAUGAGACACAGGCAACUGCCAGACUUUGACCCC